CCGCGUUUCAAACUUCACACAUUCAAAACAAACUUUAAAAUCCUGAAACAUUCAAGGAGCUUUGGCAGGUUGUACACAGUCUCACUCCUGACAUACAUGUGGUCAAAACACGUCGGUAACAGAGAGGACAUAAAUCUGUGAUGGCGAAUUCUGAUUUUCUUCUGCAAUUUCAGGAAUUUGAGGAUAAUCAAAAUACUCAAAAUACCCAAGAAAGCACGACAGUGAGCAUCGAUGACCCCAUCAAAUCACGCAAACAAAGAAAUGCUGCUGGAACUGACUUUGAAGGAGAGGAGGACGAUCCACUGGACAACAGCGACAAAACCAAGCUUCUGUCAGGUGAAAGGAAAAGUGCACCCUUCUGGACAUUUGAGUACUACCAAACAUUAUUUGAUGUGGACACUCAUCAGGUAAAAAGCAGAAUACUUGGUUCAGUUGUGCCGUGGCCUCGGAGAAACUUUGUUGAGGUUUAUUUGCGGAGUAAUCCAGACCUGUAUGGACCUUUCUGGAUCUGUGCCACUCUUGUAUUUGCCAUCGCUAUUAGUGGCAACAUCUCCAGUUUUCUCAGGCACCACGGUCAGCCAAAGUACAAAUAUGUGCCAGACUUUGGGAAAGUUACCAUGGCGGCAACAGCAAUUUACAGCUAUGCACUGUUAGUGCCUUUGGCUCUAUGGGGUUUUCUCACCUGGCGAAACCGAACAAUCGUAAGCCUGGUGUCCUACUCCUUCAUGCAGAUAGUCUGUGUAUACGGUUACUCGCUCUCCAUCUACAUCCCUGCUGUGAUCGUGUGGAUAAUACCGAGUGAAGGGUUGAGGUGGUGCUCCAUUGCUGUAGCUAUGUGUCUAUCAGGAUCUGUGCUGGUCAUGACCUUCUGGCCAGCCAUCAGAGAGGACAAACCAAGGAUCAUCAUCGCCAUUUUGUCUACCAUCGUCAUUCUUCAUGUCCUUCUGGCAGUUGGUUGCAAGGCAUGUUUCUUCAGCACAUACGAGACCGAUCCAUCAGCGGACAACAAUGAGCCGCUGAAAGCCAGCAGCACUUUAUCAUCCACAAAGGCCAACUGAACUACAGCCGUGGGUAAACGCAGGACUUCAAUGAGGGGGCAUAUACUAUGACUGAGUUUUAAUAGCAAUAAAAUUACCUUUCAGUGUCAUUUUAUUGCAGACGCUGAUUGAUAAAAGAAGACAUUUUGUUAACUUGAGACAAAACUUCCUGUGCAUAAUCUGUGCUCCUCCAGAGACUGUUAUUCUCCUGUAAUUGCAGCGUCUCCUCUUGCGUUAUUAGAGAGAAUCAGGUAUCUUGAUAAUGAGAUGAGCCGUCUGGAUUCUUCAGUUUACAGUCGGUCAAGGUAAUGCCUUUUUAUUUUAAAUGGGUCGGUUAAUGUAUGUAGGUGAGCAGGGAAGGUGAGAGAUGGGCAUCUACAGCAGGUUUGAUGUUUUCUGAUUUGAGAUGCAGACACAUGUUACUGUUACAAAUCUAGGACAUGUAUAUACCAUAUAGCUGAGGCUUAAAUAUUUAUGCGAUAAUUGUGAACUUGAGAUGGUUUCAAAAGGUCACUCUACUGUUUCAGUACUCUACUAUACAGUGGUGGUGGGAAAAAGGGAUGUGUUCAUAAAACAAAAGAAAUUACAUUAUUUUAUGCAAUAAUAAUGCACAAGAGAUUGCUUAAAUACAAACCCCAGUUUUCUA